AGAAUGGUGACGUCUGUGUUCCUCCGGGUGGCCUUCAGCCUGAUUGGCUGGUUCUGCCUCUACGCGUGGUCCUGCCACCGGUUCAAGGACCGCACCUACGAGUGGAGCUGCCGGUUGGUCACUCUGACGCACGGAGUCCUGGCCACUUGCCUCUCUGGCUACAUUGGCUUCAUCGACGGCCCGUGGCCAAUGUCUUAU